UUAAACUGGUAUGAUAUUACUAUUAAUUAAUUGUUAAAUAAAUAAUAUAAAUCCUUUUUAUUUAUUAUGCAUGAUCAUACCAUGAAUUUCGUAAAUUCAACUCAAAAAUUGUUUAAAAAUAACCAACGUAGAACUACAUGAAAUAUUAAAUUUUUUACUCAUUCAUGUUUUUUUUUCAAAAAAAAAUUGUUCAUCGUAGAAAUUUAUGAAAAAUUAGGUGGUUCAAGUUAGAAAAUGAAAAUGUAGUUUGCCCAAAGUAGAACAUGGUUUCUUCAAAUAAGAGUAUCAAAGACUCAAUUAAUGAAUACAAGCAGGUGUACCAGCAAUAUAUAGAACAGUAUGGAGAAGACCACGAGAAAUCCCUGGAGAUCAAAGAAGUAAUUGCUGGAUUAUCUUUCCAAACUGGACAGUACGAGACAGCAUUGGGUGAAUAUAAAGACAUCUAUAAAAGUUUUGAAGAUUUAUAUGGAGCAAGUGAUGAAAAAACCUUGAAAACAAAAGAAAAGAUUGCAUUGGUGUUGUUAAAACAAGGCAAACUAGAACAAUCUAUCGAGACGUUCCAAGAUUUUUGUGAUCGUCUUGAUCAGGAUCAUGCAAACGAAUCUUUAGAACCUAAAUUAAAAUUUGCAAAAGAUUUAGAGCAUAAUGGAUAUUAUGAUGAAUCGAUGGCGAUUUUAAGUGAAGUAAUGUCAACAUGUGCUGAUGAAAAUGAUGACGAAAAGAUGUUGGAUGUUAAAACAAGAAUGGGUAGAUUAUUGUUCAAGCAAGAAAAGUUCGAUGAAUGCUUAGACAUACUUAACGAAGUUCACACAAGUUUUGAUGACAUGCAUGGCACACAAGAUAAUCAAACUCUUAAGUUAAAAGCUAUGAUUGCAAAUGUGUACACAAGACAAGAGAACUACAACAUAAGCAUGGACCUUUAUGUUGAGGUUUUAACCAGCUACAAUGACCUGUACGGUGAUAAUAGUAAGCAAUCACUAGCCAUCCAAGCAAUCAUUGGAGCAAUUUUUCUGAAGCAGGACCAGAAUGAUCAAGCUCUUGAGCAGUAUGAACAUGUGCACAAAACAUACACAGGGCAGUAUGAUAAAGAAGAUCCAUUUGCAUUAGAAAUACAGCAAAUUUUGGGACAUAUAGCAAUAAAAAAUGAAGAGUUUUAUGACGCUUUGGAAUAUUUCCAAAAUGCUUAUGAUUCUUAUGUAAACAAAUUUGAUGAAGAUAAUCUAAAUGCAUUGGAAUGCAAAGCAUCUAAAGCAGCUGUAUUAUUACUGCAAAAAAAGUUUGAUGAAUCGCGGGAAAACUACGGGGAAGUGCUGGAGAAAUUUAAAAAUAUUUAUGGCGAGCAGCACUCCAAGACAUUAGCUAUUAUUGAUAUCAUUGAAGAUUUAAAUUCGGUCGAUGAUAUGUUGACAGAAGAUGACAAAGACAUAAUACACAGUUUUAAUGAGGAGAAAGAUAAAAAAGAAGAAGAAAAGAAACAACAGUCGAUUAAAAAUAGUGAUAAUGAAGAAGAUGAUGAAAAGGAGGGAGAAAAUGGUGCAGGGGAUGAUGCCAAUGAUAAAAGUGAUGGUGAAAGUGUUAAACAAAAACAGAAAAAUAAUGAUGACACAGAUGACGUGUCAGACAUUGAAAUAAAAGAGGAAAGUGAAAAGAAAGAGAAAAAAGAAAAAGAAGUUACUACAGAAGAUAAUGCUAAUAGAGAUAUUGCAGGUAAAAUUAAUAAUGACAGCGAUAACAAUAGUCAAAAGGAAAAUGAAAACAAUGAAAAAUGGGAUGAUAUUAACCUUAAUACAACAGAAGAAUCAAAUGAUGAAGCAGAUAAGGAAGAGGAAAAUGAUAAAAGAAAAAAGAAGAAAAGGAAAGUAAAAGGAAAGUGCUGCACAAUAUCAUGAAAACAAUGUUCAAAUUUUAAACAUUUUACUAGUAUUUCUUGUCAUACCUAUCAAGUAGAAGUUCAAAUAUGAAAUGUGAAUAUUAUUUAUAUUAAUAUAAUUAUACUAGCAACAACUGGAACAACAUUGUCAAAAUUGCUUUCUUGUGUGUUUUCUUUAAAACAAUGCAACGAAGAUGCUUAUACAUGUUAAUAAUAAAACAAAUAAAUAAAAUAAGGAUUGUGUAUUUAUUUCAUUGGUCCCAACUAAAUAAAUACACAAGGAGUAAUUUUUGUUUUAUUUUAGUAUUACUAGGGCAUACACUCCCCUUGUACUUUCAAGUUUACUUCAGUUACCCCCUCCCCCUCUUUUUUUUCCCUCUAUUUGUAAAGUACUUGGUUAUGAUUAAAUCAUAGUUAAAUCAUGGUUAUUUAGAGAGUCAUUCACCUGACCUUUUUUCGUUUUAUUUAAAGAGAAGAAAGUUAAAAAUGUGGGAAGGUGUACAUAUACUUCAGGUAAAACAAUGC